GCCCGCACCCUCCGCGCCGCCCGUCCCCGCUCCAGAAAAGAGUGCCGAGGGGCGUCCGGAGAGGGACCUGAGGCCGCCCACGGGACGAUUGGCCCCAGGUCCCCGGAGAACAUGGGCGUGCUCAGGGCCGGCCUUUGCCCAGGCCUCACCCAGGACAUGGUCCAGCUUCUGAGGAGCCAUGGAAUCAAGACAGUGGUGGACCUGGUUUCCGCAGACCUGGAAGAGGCAGCCCAGAAAUGUGGCCUGUCUUAUAAGGCCCUGGUUGCCCUGAGGCGGGUGCUGCUGGCUCAGUUCUCAGCUUUCCCCUUCAAUGGCGCUGAUCUCUAUGAGGAGCUGAAGACCUCCACUGCCAUCCUAUCCACCGGCAUUGGAAGCCUAGACAAACUGCUUGAUGCUGGUCUCUAUACUGGAGAAGUGACUGAAAUCACAGGAGUCCCAGGUAGCGGCAAAACCCAGGUAUGUCUUUGUGUGGCUGCAAAUGUGGCCCAUAGCCUGCAGCAGAAUGUUCUGUACAUUGAUUCCAAUGGAGGGCUGACAGCCUCCCGCAUCCUCCAGCUACUUCAGGCCAGAACUCCAGAUGAGGAAGAGCAGGCAGAAGCUCUCCAGAGGAUCCAGGUGGUGCAUGCCUUUGACAUCUUCCAGAUGUUGGACGUGCUGCAGGAUCUCCGAGGUGCUGUGGCCCAGCAGGUGAGCAAUUCUUCAGGGACUGUGAAGGUGAUAAUUGUGGACUCUGUCACCGCCGUGAUCUCCCCACUUCUGGGAGGUCAGCAGAGGGAAGGCUUGGCCUUGAUGAUGCAGCUGGCCCAAGAGCUGAAGACCCUGGCCCGGGACCUUGGCGUGGCAGUGUUGGUGACCAACCACAUGACCCGAGACAGGGACAGCGGGAAGCUCAAACCUGCCCUGGGCCUCUCCUGGAGCUUUGUGCCCAGCACCCGGAUUGUCCUGGCCACCAGCGAAGGAGCGGGAGCCCCAAGCAGUCAGCGCACAGCAUGUCUGACCAAAUCUCCCCGUCUGCCAACAGGUUUCCAGGAGACGGUAGACAUCGAAACCUGGGGUACUCUGGAGCAGAGUCCAGCGUUGCAAGGAGAUAAAAUAUGACUGUGCUGUUGAUUGGGAGCGGGAGGAGCAUCAAGGCCCCAACUCUCCUGUGCAAGAAUACCUGCUGUUCACUGCCAACCAGCACUCGGGACUGUAGGAGAAGCUCUCGGGCCAGGCAGAAGAGACACCUCAGUUGCCUUAGCUUCUCUCUCUCUGGAAACAUGCAGGACUCCUGAUGAGAGAGGAUGCUGUAAUGGAAGAACCCAGCAAGUCUUGCUGGAGCCUGGUUUUCUUCCCUUGUUUCUACCACAUAUAUUUCUAGUGGGAGCCAAGAUCCCCCUGGCUUGGGGCAUCUCUGAAGAGACACACUGGUGACUGGAUGGGUAACCCUGUGUGUCACCAUGAUACCUGCACUCCAUCCUAACACAGGGGCUGAACCAUGAAACCUGCCUUUGCUUCUCUUGUUGUUGGUUUUUUGCCUCCAUUUUUCUAUCUGUAAAAUGAGGCUCUCUUCCCCUUACCUCUGUUUUUGAGUUACUGAAUUGAAGUAACCUUGUAAAUACAAAACUCCUCUUCAUCUAUGUCCUGCUCUUAAAAAUAUAAAAAGGAAAUUCCCUGAGCCCAGAUACACCUAAUUUCCCCCCAAGAAGGUCGUUUUCAGUUUCCCCCAGUGAGGCCCCAAAGAACGGUUAUUCCUCUUUUGUUCUUGCUGAUUUGGUUUCACACACCUGCGUGUAUCACCAGGACUAGGUGAGACGGGGAGCUCGCUGAAGUCCCAGGGAUAUAAUCUAAAGAGGAGAGGAUGUGACCUGCUCCUAGUGAAUCUAGACACUUGCUUAAUAUGCAUGGUGCCCUGUGGGGCCCCUCCACAGUAGGGAGUAACUAGAGGUGCUGAACCAUGGCCUUGCCCAUAAACAGACACAGGAGAAUUUGCUCAGUAAAUAGAGCCAGCUGGGAAAAUUGAUGCUGGCAUAAAUAAUACAUGGCAAAUCUAGUCUUCAUGCAGAAAUUCAUUGCCAGUGGCUCCAAGAUGCAAUAUAAUUACCCUUGUCUUCCUGCCAGCUGUACCACAGCCUAGUGCCCUAGUGUUUGAAAUAACCCCCUGUCUGUUACCAGCACUGUAGCCAUCCGUCUGAGAGCUGUCACCCUGGCUAGGAGGAGAGGACACCAGGGAGAGGAAAAUAAAAAGCAAAGUAGAGGAA